AUGCCGUCAGGUAUCAGCAAGCGCCAGCAGUUGCGGAAUGAAAAGACCCUUGCGGAGCUGAUCCGGACCGUUCCUGGCAAUGACCGAUGUGCCGAUUGCGAUGCCUUGACCCCAGGAUGGGCGAGCUGGAACAUGGGCAUCUUUCUUUGCAUGCGGUGCGCCGCCCUCCACCGGAAGUUGGGCACACAUAUUUCGAAGGUCAAGUCUUUGAGCAUGGAUACUUGGAACUCAGAGCAGGUUGACAGCAUGAAAUCGCAUGGAAAUAUCCUUAUGAACAAGAUCUAUAAUCCACGGGGCAUCAAGCCAGCAAUUCCCACCGACGUCGACGAGGCCGACGCAUGCAUGGAGAGGUUUAUCAGACAAAAAUAUCAACACCGCUCACUGGAAAACGGAAAGCCCAAGCCGCCGAGCCGAGAGGACACGAGCUACUCCAACCCCAGAGCACAGUCGCCUGUGGAAACCCGAGCACCAAGGGACUAUGAUAGAUCUCCAGAGGGGUCUCCUCCCCCGCUUCCUCCGAAGUCAGGCAAAUUCUUCAAGUUUGGCCUCCGAUCAUCAUCCUCUACCUCAAACCUCCGACGAUUUGGUACAAGCAAGCCGAAAGUUACAUCGCCUACCUCGGACAAUGGAGCAUGGUCACCGCCACCACUGCCGUCUAGGAAGACAACGGGUCUCGGGGCUCCUGUCGUCGAUGUGACAACAGGCUCUUUAGAAGCUAAGAUGGCGGCUUUACAGGAUAUGGGUUUCACGAACGACCGACGGAAUGAGAUGGUACUCAGGGGACUCAACGAAGAUUUGGAUCGAGCUGUCGAAACUUUGAUCCGACUGGGGGAGGGAAGCAAUCCUAUAUCGAGGUCCCGGACUCCGAUCGGGACAAGCACUGGUGCAUCCACUCGCGAAGCGCCCCCCAAACAAGACACGUCCAGCCAACUUCCCAAGGUAUCCGAUAACUCAUUCCCCGAUAUGCCUUCAAACAAUCCCUUCGACCGAGUGGUCUCGAAUCCCAUACCCCAGCAAUCGCAAACCGCUUCAUACAACCCAUUCGACCAACCAAAAGCAGCGCCGGCACCUACACAAGCAUUGGAAUCUUCCUUCCAGGGCUUGCAGGUCUCUCAGCCAUUAUUCCCCCACUCUACUGGUGGGUACCCACAUCAGACCAGCUCCAUGCAACAAGCUCCAUACCAACAGCCCUUUACACCGCCGAUUCCCUCAACAUUCUCUCAAUCACCAUACGUUGCAUCCCCUGGUCCAAUGGACAACAGCUUCAACCCGUUCAACCAGCUUGCGCCCUCACAACAGCAACAGCCACAGGCCGGCUUGGCGCCCCAGUCUAAUCCUGGUGCGCCGCAGACGAACCCCUUCUUCAACACUGCGCCACAAAGCCAGACCAUGCAGCCGCAGGCUCCGCAAAUGGCUUCCCAAGCGCCGAAUUUUGGCGGCCAAAACCUGCCUCGUCAUGCAAACACCAUGCCGGCCGUGUCGUCUCCGUCAUUUGGAUCCAAUCCAUUCCAAGGACAGCAGCAGCAACAGCAGCAGCAGGCACCAAACCCCAAUUCAGGAGCUUACAACUUCUUCCAGCAAGGACAAACUGCCACCCAACAGAGCGGCGGCAGCUUCCCUGGCCAGUAUCAGGCGAACCAACAACCGCAACAACUUAGGCCACAGCCCACAGGGAUGGACAAAAACAGCAUUCUUUCAUUGUACAAUAUGGCGCCCGCACAGUCUAAUCCACCACCACUCCCCCAGCAAUAUCAACAAAACCAGCAAAUGCAGCAACCACAGAACUCUCAGCCACAGACUGCAUCUGGAAUGAACCCUUUCCCACAAUCAUCGAACCCAUACGCCUCUACAAUCCAGCCUCAACAGGCCCCCACUUAUCAGCAACAAAGUCAGCCUCAGCAGGCCUUCCAGCAGCAACAACCCCAACCCCCGGCCGCAGCCAAUAACCCAUUCUUUGGAAAUGCGUCUCCAGCGGCACCCCCAAGCGCCCCCACAGGCGCCGGCUCUGGACUUGCGGCUCAAGCAGGAAUCAACUCCUACCAGCAGCAGCAGCAGCAGCAACCCUCAGGACUUGGAAUUGGUCAAGCAAACGGCCAAAACGGAACAAACAAUCCGUCCACGGGAACAACCGCAUCUCCCUUCGCGGGAUCAAACGCCUCCCCCUUCCCCGGAAUGGCACCUCCAUUCGCAAGCACGAACAAAUCCCCGUUUGCCGGCCCUCCACCCACAAACUCGCCGUUCAGAGGACACAUCAGCCAGCCUAGUGUUGACGUGAGUGGGCUGCAGAAUGGUCGCCACAGCCCUGACGCCUUUGCCAGCUUGAGUGCUCGAUAUGGCUAA